AUGAGCGAUGACCCGGCGAAAGCCCAUCCACCGCGUCAAGUCUCGAUACCGGCGAGGAAGCCCUUCCGCAGGGAUGAACUCUCUGGGUUAGAGAAGUGGUGGGGAGACCAAUACGAGUGGCUCAAAGCAUCUGGUUACGAGCUCAGAGCUCGCUACGCACCUGGAUGGGUGGCAUCAUGGCUAAAGAACAUGAAGCAGGCGCCGGAAAAGUCUGAAGACGGCAUACGGCUACGAUAUGUGAAGGUCAUAGACGCUACUCGUACUCGGGAUGGUGCAACAGUUAUGCUCAAAUGGACAAGGAAAUCCAAGAACCCAGACGAGAGAGCAGUUCACUCGUUUUUCUCCGAAGAGCCGCGCGCAUCAGACCCCCACAACCACUGUCUCAGGCUGUUAGAUGUUCUCGACGUUCCUGGAGAUGACGACCGCAUCAUCCUUGUUAUGCCUCUGGUACGUCCCCAUGACUCGCCCCGGUACGACACCGUUGGAGAGGCCUUAGCGUGCAUCAUGCAGGUAUUUGAGUCCCGCGUCUGUUCGUGUCUUCCUGACUUACACCUUAGAAGAGACAUUAAGGGUAACAAUAUCAUGAUGGACGGAUCACCGUUGUAUAAGCGGCCCUUUCAUCCUCAGCAAAUAGACAUGACCUUAGAUUUUAAGAGCAGCGCACGUCAUAGUACUCGUACUCGGAAUCCCGUUCGCUACUAUCUCAUUGACUUCGGUUUGUCUCGCCUCUUCGACGACCCGGGUCCCCAUCUUGUGUGGCCGUAUAUAGGCGGAGUCAAGGAAUUCCCGGAAAUCAUUGCCGACGAGCCGUGCGAUCCUUUCCCUAUGGACAUCUUUUGCCUCGGUGUCUGGAUUCAAGAAGACUUUCUCGAGGUUUGUGUCGAAAAAAAACGAGACAGUCUGGAGUUUUUAGAGCCUUUUGUCAAAGAACUCACGCAGCCAGAGGCAUCGAAACGGCCCAGAAUCGACGAAGCCGUCGCUCGCCUGAACACAAUCGCUGGCACUCUUUCUUCAUGGAAGUUACGCUCUCGAACUCGCGCGCAUAGUGAUUACUUUAAGCAUCUACGCUUCUUUGUCCAUUGGCCUAACCGCAUUGCGUAUAUCAUCACGAGGACGCCAGCUAUUCCGAUGCCCUAGUUAUUAUGCUCUGUCGUAGCCCCUAUUUCAACC